GCUGUUAUCAUUUUAACAUCCGCAUCUGCACAAUAUAAAUCAGUUUAAAUUUCAUUUUGACAUAACUAUUUCAUAGCCGUGAUUGUAAUAAUAUGACAGCGCAAUUUAAAAUAUCUUUACUGCAUUUGUAAUUUAAUCUAGCGUCACUUAACCGCAUAAACAAAUUAUGGAACAUUUUGAUUGGCUGCUUAAUGUGAAAGCUUGGGGCUUGUAAACACAACCCAGAUUUAUUACUUCCGAAAUAAUGUACCUAACUCCGUGUCUAAUUUUAGAUCAAUACACAAGGUGUCAACGAAGCGGUCAUGUGAGCCAGCCCUUAACUGUUAUCUAUUGCGGUUUUAAACUGUGGACGCUAAUUUACCCACGCAGACAGUAACGUAUAACGCAACAAGAAUUCCUACAGAAGCUGCUGAACGCUUAAUAAAUAGUGGAAAACCGAAGUCAACAGAUAAGAUGCCCCAGGCUCCAAGGGACAUCUAUUCAAAAAUGGAUGGCAGCACCCCUGUGAUAACAUGGUCCGCAGACCCAAAAGUUUUGUAUGGAUUAGAAUACCUAAGACAUAUUUUGCUGAAGAUAGUUCAGUCUUUUACGCAUAAUGGAACUUUUAUGGAAGACGAGUACAUUCUCCUAAAUGUAUCAGGGAAAAGCGCUAUGACAAGCUAUUCAUACAAUUGUUCAACAUUAAAACCUGGGGCAUAUAAAGUCAAUGCUACGCUCUGGUUCAUUGGCAAACUUCGAUAUACAACCAAUGGGCACCUUUUGGCAGAUGUUGAUGAACAAAGCAGAAGCAGAUCAAAAGUUAUCCCAAAACACGAUAUUGUACCAGAAUUAAGAAAAGCCAAGCUGGCAACAGAAAGCUGUAUUUGUUCGUCUCAGAUUACAACAAUAAAAAUAUUUUCAACGGAAUCUGGCACCGGUAUCAGAACACAAAUACAAGCUUCAGGUUUACCUAAUGACACGAAGGUGGAGGUACAGCUUGUCAGUGUUGAAAGCAAUAGAAAACAUUUACUCUUGGAGAGCUGGAUCGUACCAGGAAAUGAAAUUCAAAACGUUCAUCCGUAUAUAAGGACAUUAAAUGUUAGCGGAGGAAACAGCUAUUAUGUUCGGGUGAAGCGCCACUGCCAGCGAAAAUAUUUUGGUGUAUUGUCUUGUGGAAAAGAGGAAGCAGACGUUAUACGAUCGCAACACGUUUUUAUUCAAAAAGGAUCAUUUCAUCUUCCAAUAUCAGCGCCUACAGAAGAGCAAGGAGGCACAGGCAUAUACCAAGUCUUGCAAAUAACCGUCAUUACAUUUCUAUUUGGUAUAUGCAUUUUUGCUGAAACGGCGCUGAUAAUCAAGCUUUCAGCAGUGAUAUUUUGUCCCCAGAAGAAAACAACAAGUUUAUACAAGAGGUCAACAUACGUAAAACUAGACAGCAAAGGGCAAACUGAAACGAAACUGACAACGUCAAAGCGUGUUGCCAUUAUACACACGAAAGAUUCAUGCAAGCAUGUAGAAAAAGUUAAAAGAAUAAACGAUGAAUUAAGAAAAAGAGGCAUAGAUUCAGUUCUUUUUGAUGAAUCAACUUCUGUGGAAAUGAGGGCUAACUGGAUAGAUGCGGCAGAAAAUGUUGUAACCGACUUUGAAGUGAUAAUGUUUGUGAUUACCCCUUUUCUUUACAACAUUUGCAAAAAGGAAGAAACCAUACCACACCCUGUGAAAGAGGAAACAAAUGAAGUGGGCCUCCAGAUGCUAACAAGGUUUCCAGCUGUGGUUUUAAAUGCAUUGAAAGCCAGGAGCGCGUGGACUAGCACAGAUAAAGCAAAAAUAGUUUCUAUUUGUGUAGCGGAAACAAAACAUGAAUACAAACAACUUUCAUUGAAAAUGCGGCAAGAACACCCUUUUAUUUUCAAAGAUAAGAUCUAUUUUAAUAGCCUAAGGCACGUUGAUGAUUCAAGUAUAAGGAAACAAAUUCGAAAAGUGAUAUGUUUACUAAAAUCAUCAAAAUAAAAUAAUUUGACCGCCUACGUAUGUCAUGAACCACGGUUAACAUACAGGAUUUUUAUCGAACGUGACUCUCGUUUGAUUCUCUUAAUUAGGUAAUGAAAAUCUCGAAUAUCUUUCAGUUAUCGAUAAAAGUAAAGUAUGCACAUUAUACAGAAAUCACAUAAGCAUUUUACAUGCUUGUGAUGGCACAUGAGUCUGUCCGUCAUAUUCCCUGUCCGAAAAAAUACCGAAAAGAUGAUGUACAGAGCAUAAAAGCCCGGGUCGGUAGGUCAAAAGUUAAGGCCAUAAUCUGAGCUCUAAAGUCAAAUCUGGUAUCAUAUAUCGUGCCCUUGGACUGCGGAUGGAUAUCAGCGUUGUAUCACAGACCUCAGAGGUUUGUAAGCUGCUACGCACAGACUCCAGCGUCCUGUGCUGUAUAAGUCUUUAAUGGAAUCGUUUCGGCGAUAUGAAAAUAGUAUCCAAAUUGUUGCUGCUGGUAUAUCGUUGUGAUAUGAAUUCUUAUAUUUCAUACUGCAGAUAAACAGACAAGGAUAUUUUUACUUGUUCGUUGCCAUUUAAUUUUGUUGACUUAUGCAACCAUGAAUUCAGUGAAAAUUGGUUGUCCCAGUAUUUGGGAUUUUUUUCACAUAUUUAUUGUUUUAUUAAUGACCGAUGCGAUCAUUACCAGAUCAAGACAAUGCAUUCAAAGUGAUUAGUUUGUAGAUUUAUUUUAUUUGAAAUAAACUGCUUGAAACUAA